AUGGCCUUGUUACAAUUCAUGUCUGCUGGGCUGGAAACUGCAGCCGUCCCAACCACCGUCCACUGCGACCAUUUAAUAGAGGCUGAAGUCGGUGGAGUUAAGGAUCUUGCCGUUGCAAAGGAGAAAAAUAUGGAAGUGUUCGAUUUUCUGUCUUCUGUGACAUCUAAAUAUAAUCUUGGCUUCUGGAAGCCAGGAUCCGGCAUAAUUCAUCAAAUUGUGCUCGAGAACUACGCCUUUCCCGGAGGGCUUAUGAUUGGCGCAGACAGCCACACUCCAAACGCUGGCGGUCUUGGCAUGGUUGCGAUUGGCGUUGGAGGUGCCGAUGCCGUCGAUGUGAUGGCCAACAUUCCAUGGGAGCUAAAGUGCCCCAAUAUUAUUGGCGUCAAACUAACUGGAAAGCUUAGCGGCUGGACCUCUCCCAAAGAUGUUAUUUGCAAAUUGGCCGGCAUAUUGACUGUCAAGGGAGGAACCGGGGCCAUUGUAGAAUAUUUUGGCCCUGGCGUUGAAUCGAUCUCGUGCACCGGAAUGGCUACCAUUUGUAAUAUGGGUGCUGAAAUUGGCGCAACAACAUCUCUUUUUCCAUUUAAUCAACCAGAAGAGCUGGUAUGCCAUCUUACAGUGAUUACCGUUGUAGGGGUUGCGGAAGCUGCUGCAAAAUAUUCAAGGCAUUUCAUUGCAGAUCUUGGUGUGGAAUACGAUCGUGUUAUUGAGAUCAAUUUAUCUGAACUGGAGCCGCAUGUAAAUGGGCCGUUUACCCCUGACCUGGCGACGCCCAUUUCUCAAAUGAAAAAGGCAGCAACUCAUAAUGGAUGGCCGAAAGCCAUAUCAGUUAAUCUGAUCGGAAGCUGUACCAACAGCAGCUAUGAAGAUAUGACUAGAUCUGCCAACCUUGCAAAGCAAGCCCUUGAUCAUGGUCUGAAGGUGAAAACCCCCUUUACGGUCACACCGGGUUCCGAGCAAAUUAGGGCCACUAUGGAAAGAGACGGCAUCAUCGAUAUUUUUAACAAGGUUGGUGCUACCGUUUUGGCGAAUGCCUGCGGUCCAUGCAUCGGUCAGUGGAAGAGACAUGACGUUGAGAAAGGAGAAAAGAAUACCAUCGUUACCUCUUACAACAGAAACUUUACCGGCAGAAAUGACGGAAACCCUGGCACGCAUUCCUUUGUCACAUCUCCCGAGAUCGUAACUGCCUAUGCAUUUUCUGGCGAUCUCACAUUCAAUCCGAUGACUGAUGAGCUGAAGGGGGCUUCUGGGGAGUUAUUUAAGUUUGUUGCACCGAAAGGCGAAGAGCUUCCAGCAAAGGGAUAUGAUCAUGGCCAGGACACCUACCAGCAGCCAUCUGCCAACCGUUCUAAAAUCAAAAUCAGCGUUGACCCGCAUAGUAACAGGCUUCAGCUAAUGACUCCAUUUCCAAAGUGGGAUGGGAGUGACAUCAUCAAGGCUCCCAUCUUAAUCAAAGUUGCCGGAAAGUGCACUACCGAUCACAUUAGGUAG